AUGACCGUGUCCAAGCUGGUCAGCAAGGCCGAACAUGGCUUUGGGGAGUCGCAAAACCAGCGCGAUGCCCGCGUCGAGGAGUUGUGGGCUAGCCUCGAGCCCGAACGCACCGGCGAGCUGGAUUUGAAGGGCUUGAAGAAGGGGCUUCGCAGGAUUGAUCAUCCUAUGAAAAAUGCCGACGAUAUGCUUAAGCGAAUAAUGGGCGAGGUGGACCAAGACCGCGAUGGCAAGAUCCAAUAUGAAGAGUUCCGCACAUUCGUCGAAAAAGCCGAGCGACAACUUUUUGCUCUAUUUAGAACCAUUGACAAGGACGGCAACGGGAAGCUCGACAAGGACGAGCUCCAGGCGGCCUUUAAGAACGGUGGCCUAACCGUCUCCAAUCGCCGCCUCGCCGAGUUCUUCGACGACGUGGACCUUAACCACGACGGCUUCAUCACCUUUGAUGAGUGGCGAAACUUUUUACUCUUUAUGCCUCCUCACGACCACGACUCUCAACUUCAUGCUGUCUUGUCGUUUUACUACUCAGUGGUCAGCGUGACCCCCGAAGGAGACUCGAUUGUGAGUGAGGAAACAUUAGAGGGUAUAGGUACGGACGGAUUCCGCUCCCUUUUUAUCACCCUGUUCGGCUCUCUUCUCAGAGUCGCGUUCCCCUUCGACCCUCCCAGGACCUCCGAAUCCGCUUCGAUACCUCCGACGACCCGGCGCGCCUUGGAUGACUCUCCCAUUUCCGUCGAGAACAUGGCUGCGGCGGCCGCCUAUCCCACUUUCGACGACUCGGCCGAGGAGCUGGCCGAGUCCUUCUCGCAACACGUCGGCGCUGGCACCCCGGGACAGACCUCAACUGGAGUCUUGAAACAGCACAAGAAGUAUAGACUGACAGACUUUGUCCCUGAUCCAGGUUACUUCGUUGCGGGUGCCAUCGCUGGCGGAGUUUCGCGUACGGCGACUGCUCCCCUCGACCGAUUGAAGGUUUAUCUGCUCGUCAACACUAGCAACACCACCUCGACGGCAGGCGUAGCGCUCAAACAGGGACAUCCCUUAGCCGCACUGAAGAACGCAUCUCGGCCAUUCAGCGACGCCAUCCGAGAACUUUUCCGCUCUGGGGGCUUCCGUAGUUUCUUUGCCGGCAAUGGAUUGAAUGUUGUCAAGAUCAUGCCGGAGACGGCUAUCAAGUUCGGAUCAUAUGAAGCAGCUAAGCGAGCACUGGCCAACUUUGAGGGUCAUGGUGACCCUAAAAAGAUCAACUCAUACUCCAAGUUCACCGCUGGUGGUGUUGCUGGCAUGAUCGCGCAGUCUUUUGUUUAUCCCCUUGAUACCUUGAAAUUCCGACUUCAGUGCGAAACUGUCAAAGGAGGACUCACAGGUGCUGCUCUCGUUCGCCAGACAGCGCUCAAGAUGUACGCCGACGGAGGCAUUGCCGCAGCUUACCGAGGCUUGACGAUGGGCCUGAUUGGAAUGUUCCCUUACAGUGCCAUCGACAUGGGCAUGUUUGAGCUGCUAAAAACGACGUACAAGGGCUACUACGCUAAAUACUACAACAAACAUGAGGACGAUGUUCAAAUCGGCAACAUCGCUACGGGCAUGAUCGGCGCCACAUCCGGAGCAUUUGGCGCAAGUGUUGUUUACCCCCUUAACGUUGUCCGUACCCGACUACAGACGCAAGGCACAAGCAUGCACAAGGCCACCUACACCGGCAUAUGGGAUGUAACGCAGAAGACGAUACAACGGGAAGGAUAUCGCGGGCUGUACAAAGGCCUGACACCGAAUCUUCUCAAGGUCGCCCCGGCGCUAAGCAUCACAUGGGUGGUGUACGAGAAUUCAAAGAAGACGCUCGGUCUGAACUGA